AUGGUCGAGCGUGUGUCCUAUGGUAGUCAUGCUCGGCAAGUCAUCGAUUUGUACAGCCCCACCACUCCUGACGCUGCAGCUGCUGCCCCGCUGCCCCUGCUAGUCUUUCUUCACGGUGGCGCCUGGCGUACCGGGGAUAUUGCUACGCACCACGAUCUCGCAGCGUCUUUAGCCAAGGCUCGAGUCUGCUGCGUCGCCCUAGUAGAGUAUCGCCUUUCCCUUCCCUCUGCCGCGCCGGAUCAAAGCGGAGGGUUCCAGAAUCAACACCCGGCUCACAUACAAGAUACCCAUUUGGCUUUGAAGCUACUGCUAGUCAGCGCGCCGAAAGGCAGGUACAAUUUACACCGAGCGGUUCUAGUGGGUCACUCCAUCGGCGCUUGGCUUCUCUGCUCGCUCUUGCUCGACUGCACAGCGGCCUUCAACAUCCCACGCCCCUCACCACCGCCCCUCAGCAGUGAAGAGCUAGCCACUAUCCGGCAAGCAGUCCAUGCUUGGGUAUUGGUAGACGGCAUAUAUGACAUCGAUGAUCUUCUAGUCGAAUAUCCAGAUUACGCCGGUUUCGUCUCUCAGGCUUUCGUGCCGCUUGGAGACCCUCCUUUGGCAAAGGGAGGAGAUGAGAGGCUGCGUGCCGUGUCCAUUCCUGCUUGGCCGGCAGCAAAAGAACCUGCAGUUGCUCGUGUGAUCCUUGCUCAUUCGAAGGAUGACGAGCUUCUGACGUUUAGGCAGAUACGCGCGGCGACGGAAUAUCUUCGAGGUAUUCUCGGGAGAGAGGGAAUUCAGGAGGACCAUGAGACCUUGACUGGGAAACACGAUGACCUACUGCAGACACACCUCUUCCGAAAUUGGCUGGAGUCAAUAGUCUUGUCGUAG